AUGUUCUUUAAAAACAAUAAGAGUAAUAUAAUACUCUUAUUAGUAUGUCUUUUAACAUUAAGUUUUUAUGCUGAUUAUGCUGAAGCAUCACAUUUUAGAUACAGUACAUUGUCAUGGCAAUACCUUUCACCCAAUACAUUCCGUGUUACUGUCAAAGUAGCCUUUAGAUACAAAUAUUUUGUUGAAUGGCUUGGAUCUUCUCCAUACCAAGGUUUCACAUUUUUCAAUUAUGAUUUAAUUUUGGAAUAUUCCAAGAGAAAUUGGUUGAAUCAAUUGGUAACAUCUACCACAACCUAUUCAAACAUUGUAUUUACAACAGAGUAUGCUGAUCCAAUUGCCGAUUGGAUCACUGCUAGCAGUGUGGUUGAUGUGACGUUCCCAUCGGAAGCCGUGACAUCUAUGGGUGGUCGUAUCACAUACUAUGGUACCAACCGUAUUGCCAACCUCCAAAACAACGCCGAGUUGCCAUGGAAUGUGACAUCGACCGUUCCAUUGACCGGUCUCACCACUGCCAACUCAUCGCCAGUCUCUGGUAUGUUGCCCAUUGUACCAGCCUACAAUGGCCAAGCCAACUCGAUCCCAGUGUUGGCAUCGCACCAAGAGAACCCAAAUGCCAACCUCAAGUUCUCGCUCUCUAAAUGGACCGGUAUGACUCAACCUGGUGGCAUGACAAUCGACGCCAACACCGGUGUCAUCACCUACACACCAACUGCCGUCGGAUUGUGGUGCGCCCAAGUUGUCGUCACCGAAACCAACGGUCUCCAAUCGAGCAUUUCCGUCGAUUUCAUCGUCAAUGUCACUGCCAAGCCAGUCACCCAGGACCUGCCACCAUACUUCCAGGUGCCACCUACCCCCGCCCAAGGCUCGUACGAAGACUUUGUUGUCAACACGGCCAAGUCGUUCCCCCUCAGAGGUGUGUCGCCCCAGUCUGGCUCGAAAGUCACCAUCUCCAACUCCAACUUGCCCGCCGGCAUGAACUACACCACGCAGACCGCAUCCAACCCCAACACAGUCACCUUUUCGUGGGCUCCUACCAUGUCCCAGGUCGGUGUGUACAUUUUCUCUGCCGGUCUCGUCGACAACAAGGGCAAUGAGAUGGUUGGCGGUGUGCACUCGUUCUUCUUGCGUGUGUCGGCUGCUGCCUGCGGCAACGGACACGCCGAAGUCAACGGCUCGUGCACGUGUAACAACAACUGGACCGGAACCAAGUGCGACCAAUGCAAGCCAGGUUUCUACGGUGCUCUCUGUCUCCCAUUGCCACCAUGCCAAAACGGCCAAUCCAACGGCGGCACAGAUGGUGACGGCAAGUGUAUCUGCGACCCCGGGUACCAAGGUCCCGCCUGUAACGUCAGUAUCGUCAAGUACUGCUCGCCAUCCGACCCCAAUGCCAUCAUCCAACAGUCUCAAAUCGACUCGCUCUCUGCCGUCAAGCCAGACUUUGUCCAAGUGUCGUUGACCCCAACCGGAUCGCAACUCCAAAUCCCACUCCAACUCACCGGCAAGAAUAUCAUUACUGCCGAGAUCUUUAUCCUCCUCGACACAUCUGUCACUGCCGCCAACACUGCCCGUUACAAGCAGUUCAUCACCCAACACAACUUGUUUAGAGCUACCUUUGCUGCCAACAGAGACGCCAUUCUCUACGGUCUCGGUACAUUCUCUGAUUCGGCCAACCAACCAAACAGCUUCCAACUCAAUGCCAACCCAAUGACUGAUAUCACCACCACCCUCAACUCUGUCGCCUUGUUGACUGGUAGCCCAUCGGCCAACAUCCCAUACUCUGUAUUAAUCGAUGCCAUCCCAAAGAUUGGGUUCUCCAACUCUGGUACCAUGAAGAUUAUCUAUCUCGUCACCGACAAUAACAUUGCUCCAACCGACAACACCCUUGUUUCUAAACUUGUCAAAGCUUUGGAUACCCGUAAUAUCUUACUUGGUGUGUUUGCACUUGAUUCAGUGUCGUCGUAUGCUCCAUUGUUCUCGGCUGCCGGCGCUGGGUAUUCGUACGCAUGGCCAUCAACCACCUCUGACUCGUGGUUCAGCUUGUUCAUCACCAACAUCUACACUCCAAUGAUCAACAAUAUUGUCGUCAAGGUUGUCUCGGAUGAAUACAGUAUUGUCGCCACCCCUCCACCCACCACCUCGACCACCACCUGGUACACUGGUCUCUUGCUCCCAACCCCCGCCCCCACCGCCCUCACUCCAGUGGUCAAGCUCAAUGUAGUCGGUUUUGACAAGCAAACCAUCGCCGUCGCCAUCAACCACGCCCCCACCACCAGCUCGGUCGCCAUCACCACCGACGAAGACCAGUCCACCACCUUUUCCAUCGUCGGCUCGGACAUCGACCUCAACCUGUUGAAUGUCGCACUCACCCAGCUUCCAUCCAAGGGAUCGAUCAAGAUUAACGGUGUCGUGAUGGUUCUCGGACAGUCAUACGCUCUCCCAGCAUCCACAUCCAAUGCCUUUACCUUUGUCCCAACCCUCGACCAAAACGGUGCCGACGUUGCCAAGUUUACCGUGUCUGACGGUUGUUUGUCUGCCGCUGCCACCAUCUCCAUCCAAAUCAAUCCAGUCAAUGACCCACCAACCUGUCAACCACUCGUCGUCUCAACCGACCAGUAUGGCGCCAAGACAUUCGUACUCAACGUUGCCGAUGUCGAUUCACCCGCCUUGACUGUCGAGUUCCAGGCCAGCGCAUCGACCCUCCAAUCACUUGGCUCGUUCAAGGAUGCUACCACUGCCAACGUCGUCGACGGCACCAAGUACCCAUCGACCACCCAAUUCACAUUCACCCCAUACUCUUCUGCCAACGGGUCGGCCGCCUUCACCUAUGUUGUUCGUGACCAAGCCCUCUCCUCCCAAUGCACAGCACUUAUCCAAGUCGUCCGUGUCAACGUAGCACCAACCCUGUCCGUUCAAACACCCGUCAACAUGAUUCCAGAUUCCACCAAGGUCAUUCCAUUCACCGUCAGAGAUACUGAUAAUGGCGAGACCCUCACCGUCACCAUCGUCUCUGCCGCCCCUGUCGGUGGAGAGUUUUUCGGUCCACAAGGUCAAUCACUUGCAUCCGUUGCCUUCCCAUUGACUAUUGGCACCUUUGAUGUAUCAUCAACCCACGAACAAACCAGUCAAAUCUCUUACAAGUCACCAAACAGUCAACCAACUGGUGUAUCCAUCACACUCAAGGUAACAGACACAAGUGGUGUUAGCGAGACAAAGGUAGUACAAAUCUCAAUCACUGGUACCCGUGUCAACUAUGCUCCAACCGCCACUCCAGCCGGUCCCAUCACACUCGACCAAGAUACACUCUCUCCAAGCUUUGUUCUCAACGGUACUGACCCAGACCAAUCCAGAGGAUACGACAAUAUCCUCGACAUUGUCAUCUCGUCCUAUCCCAAGAACGGUCAACUCCAAACCCCAGUCACUGGCACUCCACUCGCCAACCCACUCAAGACCGCCCUCUCUGUAGUCUAUGCCCCCAAGCCAGGCUACUUUGGCAGCGACCAACUCACAUUCUACGUCGUCGACAGUCUUGGCAACGCCUCUCUCCCAGUCACCGUCCAAAUCGUCGUCAACCACGUCAACCACGCUCCAGCCAUCUCUGCAUCGGACAUUUUCGUCACUGGACGUCAAAACCAAUGGCCAAACACCCCCAUCACCAUCGCUGCAUCUGAUGUCGACCAAGGAGACGUCCUCACCGUCUCUGUCACCCUUGUCCCAGUCGUUGGAACGAUCCUCAAGUCUGACGGCUCUGCCAUUUCAACUGUGCCAACUGUCAUCUCCAACUUGUCCAUCUCAUACGCUCCAUCAGCCACCACCUUUUACAGUCUUGUUCAACCAUACACUGUAAAGGUAUGUGAUAAUGCCGUACCAUCACUCUGCUCGUCUGCAUCUGCCAAUAUCCACUACACCUAUGUCAACUCUGCUCCAACUGGUGAAGCUGUUAGCAAGUCUGGACUACAAGACCAAUCACUCCCAUUCAACCUCAAGGGAAGCGAUUUUGAAGAUGGAUCCAACGUUGUAUUCUAUUUGACUACCUUGCCAUCGUACGGUCAAUUGUUUAGUGCUGGUAACUUGGUUACCUCGACCAGCCAACAAUUGUUGGUCACCGGACUCACCUAUGUGCCCAACGCAGGUGUCUCCAACGACGAUACACCGGGUAAACUCGGACCUGUUGAAUCAUUGUUCUACGUCGUCUCGGACAAGAACAACACCAAGUCUACCAACUACCCCAUUACACUCUUUAUCGAGCCUGUCAAGCCACCCAUCUACACUGGCGAGUCCAACUUUACAACUCUUGAAGACACCAAGUUGUCGAUUGCUUUGAAUGCCAUUUCCCAAACUGGCGCCACCUCUUUUGAGAUUGACUUUACCAGCUACACCAAUAACGGUAAGAUCUACUUUGUAUCGUGUACUGCUAAUGACCCAAGCUGUCUCACUGAGAUUGACCCAUCCCAAGACAGAACAUUUGCUGGUCCACCAUUCAAUCUUGUCUACAUCCCACCCGCCGACGCAUUUGGAGAUGAUAUGGAUCGUUUGACCUUUGUCCUAAAGGAGAAGCAUACAUCCAUUGAAUACGCCAUCAAUAUUAAUGUCGUGCCUGUGAAUGACCCACCUGUGUUUAUGCCACUCACCUACACUGGCUUCCUCGACCAAGUACGUGCCAUGUCGCCCGUCGUCACCAUCACCGUCAACUCGACCUCUCUCCUCACUUGGAAUGCCACCGACAUCGACUCGCCAUACACUGGUCUCGUGUCAAGUCUCCAGUCCAAUAUCAAGUCUGGCAAGUUCCUCACCUACGAGGGCGAACCCACCCCAUCCAACACGAGCCGUGUCCUCGCCAAGGGCGACCUCAUCCCACGUUCGGCCGACGGUCUCUGGCGCGCAUUCUAUAUCCCAACACCCGGCCGUUUCGGAAAGGGUCAUGAAAUCAUCGCCGUCAACAUUAUCGAUAGUUCCGAGCUCUCCUCGGCACUCUACACCAUGCGUGUCGAUGUCAACCCCAUCAACCGUCCUCCAGUCGUCACUGUCAACCAGUCAUACUGGGAAGUUAACCCCAAGACCUCUGCCACUAUCCUCGGUGUAUCGGUGGACGACCCCGACUCGAACCAAAAUGACAUCUCCCUCACUUUGACCCUCACACCAGCCGAUGGAUUGAUCGAAUUACCACUCUCUAAAAACUCGUCGUCCUGUCACUACAAUGGUACCAAUGUCAUCACUUGCAAGGCUCCCAAGACUUCCCUCAACCAAUUCCUCACACUCAUCAAACUCAAUUUCACUCAGACCGAGAAUGCCAACUACAGUUUGACCGUAUUUGUCAGUGACCUUGGAUUCGUCGGAGGCAAUGUCUUGACUGACCAAAAGAACGUAGAUGUCAAGAUCCUCUCUUCACCCGUCAGCAAGCCAAACAACACCACCAUUCUCUCUGUCGCCAUUGCAGCAGCUGCUGCCGGUGCCGCUGCCAUCGCGAUCGGUGUCUGGAGACUCAUGAAGGCUAGAAUGCCCCCAACAGACGCCUUCUUUGGUGAUGCUCCAUUUGCCGAUGCAAACAUCAACAGUAAUCCAUUAUACCAAGAUUCUAAUCGUAAUCAAAUGAAUCCAUUAUAUGAAAAUGCUGCUUAA